AUGUCAGUCCCCAAAGUCCUCAGUGACGCAGAACUAGCCCACUUCAGCUCCAUUCCCUGGGCCAAAUCCAUCCUACAAACCUCGCUGCAGCAACAGAAUCACAAUGGCGAUUACGUCGCCAUUGACAUGCCCGCUCGCACCCUGAAGCCACCCACCGACGAAGAUGGCUAUUUUGGAGGCACACUAGCGACCCAGCAAACAAUCCCGUAUAUAGUAACGCUUCGUCGACGCAACCUGGAGUCUAUCUCGUCUCUAUUACCCACCGAGCCACCUGUAAUCGACGCAACAUCGAAGCGGGCAUUCACCCCAUCGCGACCACCGGACACCAUCACGCUGGUCUCGCUGUCGACGCCGGGUCUAAGCGGGCAUACUAGCACGGUGCAUGGCGGCGUGGUGGCUACGCUGUUUGAUGAGGCGAUGUAUCUAGCUGUAGACGCUUAUUUAUCGUCGUCAUCGUCAGCUCACGACCACAAGAUUUAUACCGCGCAGCUAAACGUGCGCUACCGAAAGCCCAUUCAUACUCCAGGAUUACUGGUCAUUUGGUCGUGGUGUGUCGCUCGCGCCGGUCGUAAAACCUGGACAAUAGCGCAUGCGGUUCAGGAAGAAGAGGAACAUGAUGGUGGACAUCUCGAGUGGGUGAAAACAAAGACUCUGCGGUCCGAAGCGUCGUCCCUGUGGGUUGCUACACGGGAUGAGAAGCUGUAG